GCCGUGAGCGACCGCAGUGACUGGCCUGGCCUCGCCCUCACCUUCCGGCGCCCACCGCUGGAGGAGAGCUCAGAGCUGAGCCUGAGCAGGCAGCCGAGCCCGUCGCCUUUCGGUUUACCCUCCCCCUGCCCAAUUAAAAACAGCAAUCAGAGAGAGACGGCCAGCAAACCGAGCAGCAAGAGAGGUGGAGAAAGAGAGAGAGAGCGCAGCUAGGCUAUAGCUCUCGGCGGCCUCGCUCCCCGGUCUCUCGGCUGGGGGAAGAAAAGACCAGGCAGGGGGCGAUCAAAAGGAGACCGGCCGGGUAGCAGCUAGAAACGCCUAGCUGCUGUAGCCGCCGAGAGCUCCGCGACCACCAGACCCCAGAGGGUAGAAGAGCUUUUACCUAGGACGCUAGCUCGAGCUUAGCGUCCGAGGGAGAGCCAGCUAAGAGAGGAGGGAGUGGUGGAAAUCGCAGGAGGCAGCGAGCGGGAGCAAGGCUGGGCGAGCGGGGGAGCGAAAUGGUGGGCUCGGGCGCGGCUGGGGGCGGCGGGGAUCACGCGCGGAGCAAAGAGGCCGCGGGGAUGAUGGCGCUCCACGAGGCCCUCCGCAACGUCUGCCUCAGCUCGGACUGGACGUACUCCGUCUUCUGGACCAUCCGUCCUCGCCCGCGCUGCCGCGGCGGCAACGGGUGCAAAGUCGGCGACGACAACGGCAGCCUGAUGCUGAUGUGGGAGGACGGGUUCUGCCGGCAGCGGGUGGCGGAGUGCCUGGAGGACAUCGACGGCGAGGACCCGGUGCGCAAGGCCUUCAUCAAGAUGUCCAUCCAGCUCUACAACUACGGAGAAGGGCUGAUGGGAAAGGUGGCCUCUGAUAAAUGUCACAAAUGGGUCUUCAAGGAACCUUCUGAAUGCGAGCCCAACAUCUCCAACUACUGGCAGAGCUCUUUCGAUGCACUUCCUCCCGAAUGGACCGAUCAGUUCGCAUCAGGCAUCCAGACCAUAGCUGUGAUCCAAGCCGGGCAUGGCCUCCUGCAGCUGGGCUCCUGCAAGAUUAUACCCGAGGACCUGCACUUCGUGCUGCGGAUGCGACACAUGUUCGAGUCGCUGGGCUACCAGUCGGGCUUCUUCCUCUCCCAGCUCUUCUCCUCCUCGCGGGGGGCCUCGCCGACGCCGCCGUUCCCGCUCAAGCAGCCCCCGCCGCCGGCCUCGCGGCCCCCGCCGCAGCUCUUCAACUGGCCGGGCCACCAGCCGCCGCAGCUCCCGCCGGCCGCGGGCGCGUCGCCGCUCUUCCCGCCGGGCCCGGCCGCCGCGUUCCACCCGUCCGCGGCGCGCCCGAUGCCGCCGUUCCCGGGCCCGGGCGGCGGGAAGGACGAGGCCCACAUGUUCCACCUCCCGCCGGGGCACCACGGUGGCAAGCCGCCGCACAUGGACGAGCAGCAGCAGGCGAUGGGCCCGGGCGGCGGGGAGGCGCCCGACGGCGACCUCCGGUGGCCCAACGGUCUGUCCUUCUUCACCGCGCUCACCGGGCGCGCGGACGACGCGAAGCUGCUGUUCGGCGGGCCCGGCGGUGGCGGCGGCGGCGGCGGCGCAGACGACGAGAAGGCGGCGGCGGACGCCGCGCAGACCGGGCACGGCGGGGCCGAGAACGUGGAGGAGUACCUGAGCCUGGAGAGCCACUCGAACAAGGCGAGGAGGGUGGAGAGCGCCGCUCAGACCCAGAGCACCAAGUUCAAGCGGAGCUUCACGUUGCCGGCGCGGAUGAGCUCCUCGGCGUCGACGUCCCCGUCCGUGUCGGCCUCGACGGCGCCGCAGCAGCAAGGGAUGGAGUACCGAGGCCCGCACGAGGGCGGCGUCUACUCGGACCUGAUGGAGACGUUCCUGGAGUAGCUCUCGUCCGUGGCAUGCAUGCAUGGUCGAUCGAACGGUGGUUAAACUUCUUCAAGGUCGCCACGAGAAGCGCACGUUUUGUUUCGUUCUCCUUUUUUCUCUCGCUCCCUGCUCCCAAGCUGUUUAAGGUUUUGAGUUUUAAUCGCAUAUGUUUAAUUAGAUUUUCAUUCCCUCCCUCCCUUUCGUUUCCUUGUGUACGUCGUGUUUCCUUGUUCUAGUAGUUGUAGCUGUAGCAGCUCGAUCCUAAUGCCAAUGCCAUGCAUAAAAGAAGAAGAAAAAAAAACCCUUGAUGGA